AUGCAGAACGGCACUACCAACGGUGACGUGGAGGAGGACGUCGAGCUAUGGCGGCACCCUAACCCGGAGUCAACAGAAAUGUACAUUUUUCAGCAAAACAUUCGCAAACGCCAUAAUGUGAAGGGAACCACCUAUCAAGACCUAUGGCAAUGGUCGAUCGACAACCCUGGGCUGUUCUGGAAGGAAGUAUGGGAGUAUACGGGCAUCAAAGCAAGCAAAUGGCCGAGCUCUGUCUUCGACUCAAACUCUGCCAUGUUCCCCAAACCAGAGUUCUUUCCAGGAUGCGAACUCAAUUUCGCUGAGAAUCUGCUAUACCCGGCCAGCAACCCGCCAGCAGACUCAGUAGCAGUUAUAGAGGCGACCGAGAAGACAAGGGCGGAGAUCACGUGGCAGAGUUGA